AUGGUCGAGCUGCCCCGCACAUCUAGAGAUGAUCUGAGCAUAACCAAGGCAACAAAUGAGGAUGUGCCAAUUAUCCAAUCGAUGGUUGACGCCGCAUAUACCAAGUACAUCGAUCGCAUCGGCAAGCGGCCAGCCCCAAUGGAUGAAGACUACCAUCAAGCCAUACACACCCACACGGUUCUUAUCCUGAGGGAAACGGCGAAGAAUCGGUUAGUCGGGGCAAUUGUCCUUGAACUUGAUACGUCAUCGGACUCGGUCAAGAUCGAUAACUUGGUGGUUCAUCCCGCUGCUCAGGGACAUGGAUACGGGCGGGUUUUGAUGAAUGGUGCAGAGGACCUUGCACGGUCGCAGAAUUACCGGGCACUGACUCUCUAUACAAAUGUCAAGAUGUAUGAGAAUCUCGGCGUAUAUUCGAAGAUGGGUUUCUACGAGACUGAAAGGAAGCAUGAAGAUGGCUUUGACCGGGUCUAUUUUCGCAAAAAUCUCUACUAA